AUGGCCCUUCCUAAAUCGUUCUUCGCUCCGAGGGCUCUGGGACCUGCCUCUCGGUCGCCCGCAACUCUGGCUCUCCUGCUCCUGCUCCUCGCCUGUGAGAGCCCCGAGACGGAGGGGUGCAUCCACUGCGGACUCCAUUCCAAGAACCUGAAGACCCGCUUUGCCUACCUCUGCGCCCAAUACCGAGAGCGUUACCGCCAGGCAAACUGUACCGGUUAUCCCUGGGGCAGAGAGUCCUCCCUGGGCUUGGCCUUAGGUAGAGAAAACGGGGCUCUUUGGGGAUGUCUGGAAAGGGACAGGAUUUAUUAUUAUUUAAUGGCAAUGAUUAGAACAUCACUGUUAUUAUUUCUGUACACAUUGAUGGAACGUCACUGUUAGUAUUUCUGUCUGCAUCGUGCAACAUCACUAUUAUUAGUUUGGUAUGCGUGACCGGAAUGCCACUGUUAUUAUUUCUGUAUGCAUCCCAUUAGCAUAGUCGCUCAGAUCAAUAUUAUUAGCGGUAAUAAUAACAAUAUAUUCUUAUGGGUGGCAACAGGGGUGGGGCUCCCUCUAUAUUUCCCUGUGGGCUAUCUCUUUGGGGGGCAGGUGUCCACAUGCUGGUGGUGGGUGGAGCCAGAGGGGGAAAGGGGGCAGAGCAAGAGAUAAUAGUAAUAAUAAUAAUAAUAAUAAUAAUAAUAAUAAUAAUAACAAGAAGAAGAAGAAGAAGAAGAAGAAGAAGAAUUUCUAGGUUUCUACCUGCACACAAUCACUUGUAUAUAAUGCUGGAAGGUUCAGGACAAACAAAUGUGCUUCUCCCUUCAUAGCUGACCUGUGGAACUCAAUCCCACAAGAAGUAGAGAGAGCUGUUAAAAAUUAGACAAACUAAGGGGAGAUAUCACCACAGUUCUUCGGACGGUUUGCGUUUUUCAGAAUCCACUGAAGUACUUUCAUAAGCUCGUUAUUCCUCGGAGCUGGACCUCAGUGUCUGGGCUGAACGAUGGGGGUGGAGACGCUCCUUCAGGUCUACUGGGCUGUUGAGGCCAUUUAGGGCUAUCAAGGUCAGCACCAACACUUUGAAUUGUGCUCGGAAAUGUCCUGGGAGCCAAUGGAGGACUUUCAGGACCGGUGUUCUGUGGUCUCGGCGGCCGCUCCCAGUCACCAGUCUGGCUGCUGCAUUCUGGAUUAAUUGCAUUUUCCGGGUCACCUUCAAAGGUAGCCCCAAGUAGAGCGCAUGGCAGUAGUCCAAGCGAGAGAUAACCGGAGCAUGCGCCACUCUGGAGGGUGCCAGGUUGGGGGUGGCAGGUGUUGCAGACCACCGUGGCUCACGCAAGGUUCCCCUUUCUUCCCUCCCACCUGCAGAUGACAUGUCCUUGGAUCUCUUGCUGGAAAAAACGCACCGAGUCUUCCGGGUUAUAGGUAAGGAGCAGUUUGGAUUGUGCAGAUUUCAGGGGGUGGCGCUUCCUUGGGACGAUGGGCGUAAAAUGAAGGAAGGGGUGUGUGUGAAAACUCUUGCUUUUGCAUCAGUCUAAAGAAGCUGCUGGUGGUGGCAGAAGUGGGAUUAUCAUUCUCUCAUCCCUUCUCCCCGCCAGAAAUAAACCAGAGCCUCACUGACUUCCCAAAAUUUUGGAACUGGCUUCAUGAAGUUAAGAUACCAGAGCAGAGCAGAGAAGGUACGAGAAAGGAUGUUCAGUCUGUAUUUGAAAAGUAAUUGUGAUGAUCAAAUUACGUUUGUAGGUUUGCAAGAAGUUUUGUGAGGUGAAUUAUUGGAACUAUUGCAAAAAUGAAUAAAGGGGAGGAUGGUUAGUUAAGAUAAAUAAAGGCAAUAUGAAUUUAAGAAAUGCACAAGAAGUGAUAAAAACGGUGGAUCAUCAGAGUCCAAAAAAGAUUGUAUAAGUGGUGAAGUUCUGUGGUAUGCAUUAUAAUUUACAUGUUAAAAUUAAUAAAAAAUAUUUAUUAAAAAAAGAGAGAAAGGAUGUUCAGUCUGAAACCCAGUCUGUAUUGGGACUGGCUCUGAAAUUGUUUAAAUACAUCUCAGUCACAGAACGUGCUGGAAAAACAGAGGUUGCUUCUGGGCAUGUGCAAAGUGUGUUUUCCCUCAAAUGCGGGGUUUCGCUUAUGCUCACGUGCGCGACAUCAGGACGUCAAAAUAUCACACGCAUAAAUAAUAAGUAAAUAAAUGUUUAUUUAUACCCCUCCCUCACCGGCAGGGCAGGGCUCACAGCGGCUAACACCAAAUAUGAAUUACAAUAAAACGUAAUUGAAAAACAAUAACAACCACCACCACCAGUUAAUUAAAAUAUGGCUUAAAAUGCAGCUUAAAAUGCAGCCUCAUUUUAGUAGUAGCCCAUAAAUCAAGACCAUAAAGGGAGGAAACAUCGGAUAUUCACCUGAGCCAGCUAUCCAUGCUGGUCCUACGUGGGUCAGCAAAAAAGCCAGGGGAAAAUUUAUAUACCAAAUCCCAUAUAAGGGGUCAGAGUGAGUCCAAGCUGAAGGCCAGGCGGAACAGCUCUGUCUUGCAGGCCCUGCGGAAAGAUGUCAAGUCCCACAGGGCCCUGGUCUCUUGGGGCAGAGCGUUCCACCAAGUCGGGGCCAGUACGGAAAAGGCCCUGGCCCUAGCUGAGACCAAUCUAACCACCUUGCGACCUGGGACCUCCAAACUGUUGUCAUUUGUGGACCUUAAGGUCCUCCGCGGGGCAGACCAGGAGAGGCGGUCCCGUAGGUACGUGGGUCCUGGGCUUUAAAGGUCAAAACCAGCACCUUAAAUGUGGGGUUUCGCUUAUGCUCGCGUGCGCGACACCAGGACGUCACAAUAUCACACGCAUGACAUUGACCCCCGCAAUGCCCCACGCAAUCUAGCCCCUAACCGUUCCCCUAUGAAAAACUUCACCGCACCCCACUGCUGCAGCCCAGUUGCUGAAAGGAGGGAGGCUUUGUUGCCAUAUCGCACCUCUGCUCAGAGAUUUCCCAAUUUGGUACGGGGUGUUGCUCUCAGUAUCUAAAGCCCUUAACAAAAUGGGACCCGGUUCACCUGUGAGAUCGCCUCGCCCCAUAAACGCCCCACUUGACCGCUUGGAUUGGCAGGACUUUCGCUGUUUCCACACGCUACCCGUUCUGCCUUGCUAGGAACUGGAUCUUUUGAUGUGGCAGCGCCGACACCUUUGGAACUCCCUGCCACUUGACACCAGGCAGGAGUACCUUCAGCAGUACUCCUCUUGGCGCCUGCUAAAACCACUGUCACUUAGACAAGCCUGCUCAGACAUGUAGAAUGUGGGUGUAGAAUUUUAUGUUUCAAUGUGCUCUUUAGUUUAUUGCCGGUUUUUUGGUUGGUUUUUAAAAAACUGUUUUCGCUGGUAUUUCAUUGUUUUGUUCUCUUUGCAUCCUGAUUUGAGGGCAUUUUUUUAAAAAAGUGGUGUGUAGAUUUUAUGAAAUGAAUAAAUGAAUGAAUCAUAAUCUCACUCAUCUGGGACGAGAGGGAAGAGGGUAAUUUUUCCUCUCAGAAUUUGCCCCCUAGGGCACAGGAGAAAUGAUCUGAAUCAGGCGUGUGGGUGACUAGAAACAGCACUCCAGAAACCUCCAGGGUCCUAUCCUGACCUCACAACAUAGCUGUCAACCGUCCCUUCUUUGGCGGGACAGUCCCUUAUCCCAGCGCUGUGUCCCGCUGCUGUCCCUUAUUGAUGAUGUCCCUUAAAUUUCCCGGGUUUCAAAGGAAGCAGCUCCUCUCCCUCCCUCCCUGCCGGCCAGGGAGGAGGGAGGCUCCAACUGGGUUGCUUGGCUGCGUUGCUCACCCAAUAAGGAGCCUGAGAAUGACUGGGGGUGGAGCUUGCAUGCCUUGUGCCGAUCAAAUCGGCCGCAUUGCCUGGGGACUCGCCUUUGCUCAGCGCUUCCCAGCGGAGAGGGGGCGGUGGUUUUCCUUGCUGCAUCCCCUUUGCUGGGUUGCUGCGCUGUGGGAACCACCGCUUGAGGCUUCGUUUGGCUGCUGGCUGGGCUUUCUGCCUUUGGCUCGGAGGGGCUCAGAAGUCGAACACACCCGUGCUUGGAAAAUCCCUUAUUUUGGCUGCUGAUCCCUUAUUUUCAAGGCUGCUGAUCCCUUAUUUUCAAAUCUGUAAGUUGACAGCUAUGCCUCACAAUUUCCAAGGCAGGGACCAGCCCCAGUCCCUGAUAGCUGCUGGAAAAACUAGCUUGCUAGAUGACUGAGUGUCUUGCAAUAAACCUCUUUUCUCUUUUCUCUUCCAGCGCUGUGCCCUCCAGCUUGCCGUAAGUUCCGGGGACGGGAUAACAGAACGCGAAAUACUGGGAUCAAGAGCCCCACCUUUAUAAAAGAUGGGGAAACACCCCCUCCCUUAUUACAUCCCUUCUCAGUGGUGGCUCCGACCUGGUGGAAUGCUGUGUUUCAGGAGACCAGGGCCCUGCAGGAUUUAACCUCCCUCCGCUGGGCCUGUAAGACAGAGCUAUUCCGCCUGGCCUUUAAUUUGAAUUCAGCCUGAUCUUUUAUUCCCCUUCCUCCCCUCCCCUUUUAUGAAGAUCACCUGCUCUGAGACCCCACAGCUAAUUCUCCCCUUGUCUCCUCGCUGGCCCAAGUAGGACUAAUUUAGCGAGCUAGCCCUGGGGAUUAUCUAAUUGAUUUUUGAUUUUUGUUAUUGUUAUUCGUGUUUUUAUACUGUAUUUUAUGCUGCUUUUAUAAUUAAGUGUUUUAAAGUGUUUUAAAUUUGUUGUUAGCCGUUCUGGUUUUUGAACCAGGAAGGGCGGGGUAUAAAUAAUAAUAAUAAUAAUAAUAAUAAUAAUUAAUAAUAAUAAUAAUAAUAAUAAUAAUAAUUACAUUGCCCGCCUACCCACCCCUGGCUACAUCCAUAGAAUUGUAGAGUUGGAAGGGACCCAGGGGUCAUCUAUUCCAACCCCCUGCAAUUCAGGAAUCUCAGCUAAAACAUCCCUGACAGAUGUCCACAUUGCUUAAAAGAAUUUUGGUCUAUUACUCAAUUAUCUGUGGAAAUAUCACUAUAGCCCGUGCAUGGGGUCAAGAUUAACAUUAAUAAUAAUAACUAAUAAUAAUAAUAAUAAUAAUUGUGCCUUGGGUCGUUAAGCAAUUACAGUGGUCACCUUGGUUCUCAAACUUAAUCCAUUCUGGAAGUCCGUUCCAAAACCAAAGCGUUCCAAAACCGAGGUGCGCUUUCCCAUAGAAAGUAAUGCAAAAUGGAUUAAUCAGUUCCAGACUUUAUAAAGCAACUCCUAAAACAGCAAUUUAACGUGAAUUUUACUGUCUGACGAAACCAUGGAUCCAUAAAAUGAAAGCAAUAAACAAUGUACAGUGGUACCUCGGGUUAAGUACUUAAUUUGUUCCGGAGGUCCAUUCUUAACCUGAAACUGUUCUUAACCUGAAGCACCACUUUAGCCAAUGGGGCCUCCUGCUGCUGCCCUGCCGCCGGAGCACGAUUUCUGUUCUUAUCCUGAAGCAAAGUUCUUAACCUGAAGCACUAUUUCUGGGUUAGCGGAGUCUGUAAUCUGAAGCGUAUGUAACCUGAAGUGUAUGUAACCCGAGGAACCACUGCACUGCAGACACACACAAUCAAUCAAUCAAUCAAUCAAUCAAUCAAUCAGUAGCUGAACUGGGUUCCACACAGUCACAAAAACAAAACAAAAAGCCACAAAAACGCAAAAUAAAUAGCAAAAACAGACAGAUCUCAGCGUAACACUCAAAACGGAAGCGUGGCACUCAAAACGGAGCACGUUUGGCUUCUGAAAAAAGUUCGCAAACCGGAACACUUACUUCCGGGUUUGCAGUGUUUGAGUUCCAAGUUGUUUGAGUACCAAGGCGUUUCAGAACCAAGGGACCACUGUAGUUAGUUAGAUGAAUCAAUUUAAAACUGUUAGCAGCCACCGGGAAUAGCAUCCCGGUUAUUUGGGUGACGUGGUUUUUAAAAAUUGAGUGUUGUUUUUUAAGCAUGUAUUUAAAACCCCAGGCAAGAACUGCAGCCUCUCUGAGCCACGAUUCCUGUAUUGGAGAAUUGCUGCUGCCAACCUGUGUCAACAGCACUAAGCUAGGUGGAACAAGGUUUUCCGAUUCAGCAUAAGGUGGCUGCCGUCUGGGCUCCUGCAGUGCACCCCGAAGUCCAGGAGGGCGCCUGGUUGGGGAAGUCUGAUCUGCUCCCACUGGGAGUGGCUCUCACAAAAGGCACUUCUCAUCUCCUGAUCCUUUGAAUCAAAGAUGCUGCCGGCCAGGGACUGAACCAUAGCUGUCAACCGUCCCUUAUUUGGCGGGAAAGUCCCUUAUCCCAGCGCCGUGUCCUGCUGCUGUCCCUUAUUGAUGAUGUCCCUUAAAUUUCCCGGGUUUCAACAAGGGAUAGCAGCGGGACACGGUGCUGGGAUAAGGGAGUUUCCCGCCAAAUAAGGGACGGUUGAUAGCUAUGGUCCUUCCCCUCCGUCAGAGGAGGUGCGGGGUUCUGAGGCCUCUGCCCCACACCCUCACCUGACCCCCCUUCUCAUUUCCAGAGGGAUCAGCCUUAGUGUGGAACUGUACCACUUGCCGGAGAGUUGAGCUGCGCUGCUGGGAUAUGAAGACCUGUUACCCAGGUGAGGAGCUUCUCUCUCCUUUGCUGUAAUAAUAAUAAUAAUAAUAAUAAAAAUAAAAAUAAUAAUACCCCGCCCAUCUGGCUGUGUUUCCCCAGCCACUCUGGGCAGUCCCCAACAGAACACUAAAAACAGAAUAAAACUUCAAAGAUUAAAAAGCCCCCUGUCUCUUAUGCAAACCCUUUGGGUGUGCAAUUCCCACCCCUCCUUGGCCAGUCCUUGCCCCCCUCCCUCCCUCCCCUUUUAUCUUCCAGGGUCCACCCUACUUGCCAAGGCCUUUGGCAGACCUUCCACGCGUCCCAAUUUCCCAGGGAUUGACAGACGCCAUCCUGGUUUCUGGUUUGAUCCAUGUAUGUCCCGCUUUUCCUUAGAACCGGGCACAGGGCCUUCUCGGUGGUGGCGCCCGCCCUGUGGAACACCCUCCCUUCAGAUGCCAAGGAAAUAAACAACUACCUGACAUUCAGAAGACAUCUGAAGGCAGCCCUGUUUAGGGAAGCUUUUAGUGUUUGAUGUUUUAUAAAUUAUUAUUAUUAUUAUUAUUAUUGGGAGCCACCCAAGACCUUCCUGGGGCUCUUCCAAGCACCCCUUCUUCUCUUUGCCCGCCUCACCCCCUGGCAUUCGCUCGCCCAUUUCUCUCUCACUUUCUCCCCACAGAGGGCGGAGGUCUGGAAAAAAUCACCCGGUUAAUCUGCUCCAUCUCUGGGUCCUGCCUUUUUCUGGGCAUCGUCUCUUGCGCUCUCGAGUAAGUGGGGCGCCCCAUGGAGGGGAAGGGGCAAAGGGGGAGGGGCAUUGCUGAUAAGAGGACCUCAAUUAAUGGGAUAAUGGACAAUACUGCGGUGCCUUGGUUCUCGAACUUAAUCCGUUCCCGAACUCCGUUCCAAAACUGCCCUGUGGAACUCCCUCCCACCAGAUGUCAAGGAAAUAAACAACCACCUGACUUUUAGAAGACAUCUGAAGGCAGCCCUGUUUAGGGAAGCUUUUAAUGUUUGAUGCAUUACUGUAUUUUAAUAUUUUGUUGGAAGCCUCGCAGAGUGGCUGGGGAAGCCCAGCUAGAUGGGCGGGGUAUAAAUAAAUUAUUAUUAUUAUUAUUAUUAUUAUUAUUAUUUCAAAAACCAAGAUACAGCUUCUGAUUUGUGCAGGCGCCCCAGAAAUAAUAGCCAACAGCCGCAUUGGGUGCUUGGCUUCUGAAAAACGUUUGAAAACCAGAACACUUAACUUCUGGGUUUUUUAUUCACUACUGCAUUUCUGUCCUGCCUUUCCUCCAAAGAACAUGAUCCACUUUUGACCCUCACAACAUCCUGGGAGCCAAUGGAGGUCUUUCAGGACUGGUGUUAUGUGGUCUCCCAGUCCUCAGUCUAGCUGCCGCAUUCUGGAUUAGUUGCAGUUUCCGGGUCACCUUCAAAGGUAGCCCCACAUAGAGCGCAUUGCUGUAGUCCAAGCGGGAGAUAACUAGAGCAUACGCCACUCUGGUGAGAAAGUCCGCGGGCAGGGAGGGUGCCAAAAAGGUAUUGUCACGGUGGAGGAGAGAGGUCUGCCGGCGGUUAUGGCUCACGAUGGCUCUACAGAAUCCACAUGUUCUAUAGAACCUCCAUUCUCAGUGGCAGUCUAUCUUUGAAGACCAGCUUCCUGGGGAGAGGGAGCGGGAGAGGCCUGGCGCUCACACGCCUUGCUUGCCAGACCUCCACAGGCCGGCAAGAUAUACUGUAAAGGUAAAGGUAAAGGGACCCCUGACCAUUAGGUCCAGUCGUGGCCGACUCUGGGGUUGUGGCGCUCAUCUCGCUUUACUGGCCGAGGGAGCCGGCGUACAGCUUCCGGGUCAUGUGGCCAGCAGGACUAAGCUGCUUCUGGCGAACCAGAGCAGCGCACGGAAACGCCGUUUAUCUUCCCGCCAGAGUGGUACCUAUUUAUCUACUUGCACUUUGACGUGCUUUCGAACUGCUAGGUUGGCAGGAGCAGGGAUUACAAACAGCGGGAGCUCACCCUGUAAUGGGGAUUCGAACCGCCGACCUUCUGAUCGGCAAGUCCUAGGCUCUGUGGUUUAACCCACAGCGCCACCCGUGUCCCAAUAUAUACAGUAGUUAGGUUUAAAUUUCCGCAUCAGAACAGAAGAAUAGAAGAACAGCCUGCUGAAUCAGGCGGAUGGCCUAUUUAAUCCAACUUCCUGUCCUCACAGCAGCUGAGCAGAUCCCCAUUAGGGGAACCCCACAAGCGGGUCCUGAGUUCAAGAGCAGCAGUCUCCCCACCUGCGGUUUCCGGCAACUGGCAUUCAGAAGCAUCACUGUCUCCACCUGCGGAACGCAGUGAAUUUGCCCUGUCCCCCUUUUAUUUUUUUCAAAUUUUCAAAUUAAUUUUCCAGAAUUUUUUUAAACAUAUAAACAAACAAACAUACAUCUCAACUGUAUUUAAACUAAACUUCAUAACAUUGUUAAGUGACUUCCUUGUAUCCCUCGGGUUGGAUUUCAGUGUAAAUCAUUUUAACGGUUUCCGUGGGUUAAACCACAGAGCCUAGGACUUGCCGAUCAGAAGGUCGGUGGUUCAAAUCCCCGCGAUGGAGUGAGCUCCCGUUGCUCGGUCCCUGCUCCUGCCAACCUAGCAGUUCGAAAGCACGUCCAAGUGCAAGUAGAUCAAUAGGCACCACUCCGGCGGGAAGGUAAACAGUGUUUCCGUGCACUGCUCUGGUUCUCCAGAAGCGGCUUAGUCCUGCUGGCCACAUGACCCGGAAGCUGGACGCCGGCUCCCUCAGCCCAUAAAGCAAGAUGAGCGUCGCAACCCCAGAGUCGGCCACGACUGGACCUAAUGGUCAAGGAUCCCUUUACCUUUACCUUAAAUUCUUAAAACAAUUAACUUAUUCACUUAACAUCUUUUCCCCCCCUUUACAUUUCAACUUUAACCAUGUUAAUUCAUCACAUUAUGCAAUUAAAUCCUAAGCCUAUCUGAUACUUGCAGGCAAUCCAAUUAGUUUAGUUUAACAUAUUUAAGUAAAUAGUCUUUAAAUUCCAUCCAUUCUUCCUGGUAGUCCUCCUCCUUCUGGUCAGGGACUCUUCCAGUCAGGUCGGCUAGCUCCGAAAAGUCCAUCAUCUUCAUCUGCUAUUCUUCCAUUGUUGGUACUUCUUGUGUUUUCCAAUUCUUAGCUAGUAAAAUUCGAGCAGCAGUUGUGGCAUACAAAAACAGUUUAACAUCUUUCUGUGUUGGCCAACACUGCCUGCUGUGGCAGGGAGUUCCGCAGUCUAACCGUGUGCCGUGUGAAGACAUCCUUCCUUCCUGAAUCUCCCAGCCAGUGUCUCUGGAUGCAGUUGUGUGUGUGUGUGUGUUUUCCACACCUGUUUCGCGACACCAGAAGCGUCACAGCACCACACGCACCCGGCAUAGUUUCUGAAUGAAUCACUCUGCAAAGAAACGAAAAGAGAAGGGGGGUGGGGGAGGGAGUCUGUGAAAACCGGUUUCCCCGAUGAUGAAUAUUUUCCUUUCCUCUUUGGCAGGUUUUGGCUCCGCGCGAACACGAGAGAAGAGGAGGGGCCGGUAUAG